AUGUGUCUAUUGGGCAUCUGCGAACAGCACCCUAGCACGGCUGGCGACGGCAGCCGCCCUGGGCACGAGUGGAAUGCCACCGCUGCGGUGAUCGACCCCUUGGCAGCGCAGCAACCAUCCGGAGGCAGCAUCACGCUGUUCGUGCCCCUGGGCGUAAUGCUGGGGUGCGUGGUGCUGGCGGCGCUGGUGCUGGCGUUGUGGUGGACCAAGCGGCUGCAUCAUGAGGAGCAGGGGCAGGUGUUCGCAGCAGAUGUGGAGCGCGGCGGCCCGCGCUGCAGCCUAGAGUCAGAGCGGAAUGCACCCUAUCUGCCCAAAAUCCCCGUCAUCAUCGUGCUGCCAGACAACACAUCCAUGUCGUUGGGGUGGGAGGUGGAGCACACGCCCUGCCGCAGCCCCACAGCCGCCAUGGCCUCCUCUGCGAGCGGCUCCGGAUCGUCAGCGGGUGGAGAGGAGGAGGAGGAGGAGAAGCCCUUCACCGCGCGGCUGUCAGCAGCGCUGGAGGCAGCCAGCAGCAGGGCUUCGCUUGCUGCCGACGCUUCUUCUCCAGGGCCCGCAACUGCAGCCUCAGGGACUCCUGCCGCUACCCAGCAGGAUGCGGCAGUGGUGCCAAGCCACAGACGCACCGCCGGGGCGGCCAAUGCCACCUCCGGGACCUCCACCCGCGGCAGCGCCCCCACUGCCGCCCCCGCCAGCAGCCGACAGCCUGUCGCCUCCGGCCCCGACCUGGCGGCAAUCGCGCUGGGCGUGGUGGUGCUUGUGGUGUCGCUGGUUGCCCUGCAGAUCUUUCGCUCCCGGCGGAGCGGGCUGGGCUGGAAGGUGCUGCUGCCGUGGAACUGGAAGAGUAUAGGGAGGCCAGAGCCCGACCAGGAGCAGGCGGCAGUGGCGGCGGCAGACCAGCUGGCGGCCGAGCUGCAAGCUACGGGGAAAGCGCCCUCCAGUGCGCGGUAA